CCUCGGCGCAUGUCCCUUUUCUACAUGUGGUUCGGCGCAGCGGGGCGGAAGAGCUCUUCCGGCAGAGAUUUAACCGGCGGAGGAUGGCUGAGGCUAGCGGCACCUCAAGUCGGCGGUCUCAGCCUCGCUCGUCCUCCACCGGUGGGUCCCGCGGCUGGUCUCGACAGUCUUCGUCCGGGGAUAGUGACGGCGACCUAAACGGCGAAGAAGAACCGAAAGAGGCGGCGGAGCAAGGCGAUGGGGACGGCGGAGACGAGAGCACCCGGCGGCUGAUCCGGCAGGAAUAUCGGACGCUGAUCAACAUUGUGCAGCAGAAUCGUGAGAAAAUGCUGAGUACCAGAAAUGAUAAACUGACAGAAACUCUGGAAGAAGCUAACAGACUGUUUUCUGGAGUGUCCCGGGCCAGGGAGGCUGCUUUGGAUGCUCAGUUCCUAGUUUUGGCAUCAAACCUAGGAAAGGAAAAAGCAAGCCAGUUGCAAUCAGACAUGACAGUGUUUGAUCCAUCUGCUUUUGCUGAAGAUCUAUUAUCAUUUAUGGGCUUCAAUCGUCUAGAAGUAGAUGAAAAUGAUAGUGACAAUGAGCGGCUUGCCAGUGGAUUUUUGCCUAGCAAUGCUUGGCAUAUACUUGGUGAAGAAGCAAAAAAGUACUUUAGAAGAGCACCUGCUUUCCACUUCAUGCUGGGUGCUUUCACUGCUGAUCCUCCUGUUCAAAGGCCACGGAUUGAAAGACAACAGAAGAAGACAGGGCCAGAAAAAAGGGCAAUGCCUGCACAGCUGAAAAAGAUGGAAGAAUCUCAUCAGGAAGCUACAGAAAAAGAAGUAGAGAGGAUCUUAGGAUAUCUGCAGACCUUUUUUAGAGAAGAUCCUGAUGUUCCAAUAUCCUUCCUUGAGUUUGUGACUGACCCAGAUUCUUUUCCUCGUACUGUAGAAAAUAUGUUUCAUGUAUCCUUCUUAAUAAGGGAUGGUCUUGCAAGAAUCAAGCUGGAUCAGGACAAGCUUCCCAUAAUAGAACCUUUAUAUCCAGAGGAAGGGGACAACAAUGAAGAUGCCCAAGCACGAAAACAAGCAGUCAUAUCAAUGAGCUAUCAAGAGUGGCAGAACAUUGUGGAGACUUUUGAAAUCUCACAGCCCAUGAUUCCACCAGCAACACAGUGAGAUGCAACAAUUCUGAACAGUCCUGUUGAAGUUGUUUCCCAUGGCACCUUCUCAUUGAAGAAGCACAGUACUUUCUCAGAGAAUAUGUUAGUGUCCCCUUCCGCCCCACACACAAUUUUUUAACAAAAUGUAAUGUUCUUUGGUAUAAUUUUUUCCUAGUUCUAUUUGUGGCUUAUUUAUGUACUAGACUAUGUACUAUAACAGUUAUUUAGAAAUUAAAGUUAUAUUUGUAUUAUUGUG